CGUCCCUGGAGCCUAGCGGGAGCUUAUCAAAAACACCGCAGCCCGAGGGACAACCCCGGGUGUCCGACAAGGCUGUCCCGUCAACCUGAACCGCGGGACCCAGAGCAGGAGGCAACCAGCCGUUUGUCGGCCCGGGGCCGUGAACGCCGGAGCCGAGCGGAAGCUUUCCGAGAGGCUGGGAUUCGCGCCUUGGCUCGCAGGGACGUGGCCGCUGCGGGCCCUCCGGAAAACAGAUUAUCGGAGCCCUUUCAGAGCGCACACAACAAAUGCGCCCGCCAUCGAAUGCAUCAUUUACCACCGCAGAUCCGCGCGCUGAUGGGCAGGCAGAUAGCCGUCCGCGGGGGGCACGCCGGGCGUCCUGUGCCCGCGCCGCCUGCCUGCCUGCCGGGGGGUACCCGCCUGUGCGUCCCUGGGUGUGCCCGGCGUGUUUGGAUGGAUAUUCGCCUUUGCCAGUGGAUGGGCACUGAACAAGAAAGGGUAUUAGUGUGCAUGCGGGGAUGUCAAAGAAGUGUGCUACAGGAAAGUGCAGAUGUGCAAGCCCACAUGCACAUGCGUGGUGGGCGUCUGUCACUGGAGCUGGCCCCGCUGAGUCUGUUUGAGGGAGCACAGAGGAAGGGAUGUUGCACCCUCCCCGCUCCGGACCCGAGGAAAGAGACUGGAGCCCCGCCGCCCGAGGUCCCCGCGCCCCCUCUCCAUGGGAGUCCUGACACGCCAUGUAGAAAGUCCAGCUAUCCUGAGGUCACCAGGCCACCAGGAAGCCAGAGCCAGCGAGUUGGAGUGACAAGCAGGCAGAGAAUGAGUCACCUGGUGUUGAACCAUCCCAGCUCAAGCUCCAGAGAUCAGUGGGCAGACAGGAGCCCUGCCUGCUGCUUCCUGUCCAAAUUCCUGACCCAUGGUUUUGUGGGUUACAGUAAUAAAGACUUGUUUUAAGCCACUAA